CCUCCUCUUCCCCCCUACAUAGUACAUUUCCUCCACAGAACCGGCUCCCACCCACAGCCUACCUCUCCCGGUCGCUGAUCGAUUCGGAUCCAACUGUGCCAUCCUUCCCCUCCAAUUCCCGUCGCCUUCGGCUUACACGCGACGCCUCGCUCCGGUUCGCGCCAAGUCAACGGCCUCGCCCAUCGUGCUGUCGGCUUCAACUCCCUUCCCGACUCCUACCGCCGAUUCCAACCCAUCGAUCACUGCGUCUCGGAACCCGCAGGCACUUCGUCGUCCUCCUUCUGGCCGAUUCGCAUUCCAAUUGCCCGAGGCCGCACCCCUUCGCUCGUCUUUCUCAUUUCUACCCACCACAACACGUAAUCGUUCUCGCGCGUUGAGCUAACCAGCGUCACUGCACUCACAUCCAGCCCUUCGUCUCUCUCACACUCAUCUAGUACUGAACAGAUAUCUCCUUUCAAGAUGCCGUCGUUCGAUCGCGUCUACGCUUCGUCGCCGGUUCUCGCCAUGCUGCCACAGGCAGCCCAUCCAGUUUCGCUCGGCAAGUCUUUCCUGGAGCCCCAGACCAUGUCCCUCAGCCAGCCAGCCUCGUGGCCGACCCAACUCGUCAGCACCUCUUUGGCCGCCGGUCGCAAACGGUCCAGAGACGAGGCGUCGGUCAAUCUCGACCCCCCGGAGAAGGUGACCGAAGCUCACGCCAUCAAGGAGCCAGAAGACGAAUGGAUCUACGGGCCUGGCAUGACACUCAUCAAGAAGUCGGCUGGCUAUGUCGCCGACGCAAGCAGCCAAUCCGGCACCUGGGUCGAGGAGCGCGCCGCAGAAGAGGAAGCGCGCAAGGCGGAAGCGGCUCUUCUUGCGCGGGAGCAACUGGCGCAGUCGCGGCCUUCCCUGAGAAGCCACAAGUCGCAACGGCUCGACAUGACGACGGCGCUCAACGCCGCCGACAAGCUUCCUAGCCGGCAGGCCAGCCCCGCCCGAGAAGCGAUCAAUUCAAUGACCCUGUGCUCGGAUUCGCUUGCGCAGCCAAUCGUGGACGACUUCACACUUCACCUCGGCAUUGGCUGGAGCCGAAUCAGCGACGACGAACCCAUCCAGGCAGCCGCCCGCGGCUGGGCUCGCUUCAUCGAGAACCACUACGCUGUUACCAACGCCAGGAUCCUUUUGAAGAGCCGCGGCCUCGAGUCAUAUCUGGUCGAAACAACUGAAGGAUACUUCCUCUUCGCCGAGAACCUCCGCCAAGGCCGACUCGUCAGCCAGACCCCCGAAGGCACCUUGCGCAACCUGAAGAGCUCACCGCCCAUUUUCGACGGACAAAACACCAUGGAAGCCUCAGAAUCACCCAAGUCUCUGGAUUCGAUGGCUGCGGUCACCUCGGCCGACGUGGACAUGAGCUGAGCUGUUUGAGUAUCAUGGAACUGGCGUUACAGGGCGGUGCUUGUCUUCGGGCGCGACUCUUUGGGCUGCCGGUGGACGGGAUGGCGUUGAACUGACUGCGUCGACACGACUGAGCUUCGCUGAUCUGCCUUGAGUUUCGGGGUUUUUUUUUAUCGUAACCUGGCUUUCGGGGUUUUCUUUCUCCAUCCGCCAAAGAGCUGCGCGGGUUGGUGUACAAAUAGCAAAAUGAUGCAAUGCCUUACAUCUGG